GUCCAGUCCUCUUUUAUUUAGCCCAGGAUUUACAGGUUGCAAAAUGUCUCAUCAGUUGGAAUUUGACAAGAUCUUUUCAAGGAAAGACUGCCAGGCAGCCGGAUACCAGGCUGGGAUAUGGACAUCUCCAGCAGCCUCACUUGCACCACUUCAUGUCUUCCUCCCUCAGACUCCUUGCCUGGGUUAUUCCAGGGUCCAGAGAUACAGCCUGUUGCCCCAUCAUUACAUUGAUCCAAUGGGGCAAAUGGGCCAGCAGUAUGACUUGAAAUCAAGCUCUCUGUAUGAUCAACCUAUUUUUCAUUCAUCUGCUGUUGUAUAUCCUACCUACCAAGCUCUACCUUCUGGAGACAUCGCCAAGACUAAAGUUGCUUCUCGGGAGAGUACAAGUACCUUAAAAGCAUGGCUGCAAGAGCACCUCAAGAAUCCAUAUCCAACCAAAGGAGAGAAGAUAAUGCUAGCCAUUGUCACCAAAAUGAGUCUCACUCAGGUCUCUACAUGGUUUGCCAAUGCAAGAAGAAGGCUAAAAAAGGAGAACAAGAUGUGCUGGAUCUCCAAGAAUCGAUCGGAUGAAGAUGAAAGUGACAGUGAAGAGGAUGUGGAAAAAAAAGAUGAUAAUGAAGAAGAAGAUGAAGAAAUUGAUUUGCAAACAGUUGAGGAAGAGGAAAACACUGAAAAAUCAAAACAAGUAUUAGAUGGUAAGCCAGGGACAGAGGUACAUUCCAUGUGCACUGGCACAGAGCAGCAAACUCAGGAAUGUUUGGAAGAAAAGGAUGUAGAAGUGUCGAGGUCAGACUGUAAUUAUAUAUCUAAGGACAGGGGGGUUGGCUUUAGUGAAACUGAAGGCCGUAGUAGAGUAGGUCCUGGUAUGGUGAAAGACUUGCAGACACAGAAACCAAAGAUAUGGUCACUUGUCGAGACAGCAGUUUCUGACAAUAUUAAGGCUGAGGACUCGAUGCCUGUCAUUUCUACAAUGAACUUCUCCAUACAUCAGCUUCAUGCUUUUCAGGACUUGUCCAGCCUUUGCAACCAGAAUGGACAUUAUUUGUUAUUGAACAGCCAACAAGCCUCACAGACAGACGACAGCCAGAGCUUAUAGGGACUCAUAAUGAUCAAAUGUGCUUAUUAAUUCCAAUUAUAAUAACAUUGGUCCCAAGCAACGAUGUAAGUGUGACUUUGGAGUUGCAUAGCCAGAAGUCAACCUUAGACAGACACUGACCAGUCUUGCCAACUUAGUGAACACUGUGAUAUCCAAGUCCAAAUGCUUUGUUAGGCCACAAGGACCUUUUUAGGUGGUAGACAACCGGUGUUAUGGACCAGCUAGGCAAAGUAACAGUUCUUUCACAUAGAGGAGAGAUGUUUGUCUUCAGCCAUAUUCAUUUUUUUCUUACUACCAAUUAAAAUUUAAUGAAAGUAAGAGUGACAAAAACACGAGCAUAUUGAUAAUGAAGCUUAGCAUGUUGAAUGUACAUUUUGAGGUUGCCUCAAACUAAACACUAUUAUGAAACUGCAUGAAGCUGUGCUGACUUCUGUAAAAGUACUUUCCAUCCACUGUUGUUCGUUUAGUUUUAAUAUGGCAUGCUUCUUAAGGUUCUUAAUACUGAUUUUACAUUGGUUAAUUCAAUUCAAAAGCAAAUGAGUUCAACAACAUUGUUUCACAAAUGUAUGUAAUACAUUUCUUCUCAUGGUACAAGUGCUCUGUAAACUGGUACAGCAAAAAUCAAAUAAUUUUUGAAGUUAUAACUAACUUGCAAUGAUUCACUGCAGCUAUUCUGAAGAUUAGUAACAGAGCAGUACACAAAAACUGCUAAAUGUGAAAUAAUAAUUUAAAAUAAAAUUCAUAUACAUUAA